GUCAAAUUGAAAAAUGCCGUUACUUUUUUAGUUCUUAUUUUUUUGUUAUGAUUCUGCAAUUUGGUUAAGUUAAAAAUAUGAAACAUUUAACUCUUUAAAUAUUUAUUGAUAAAUUUCACGGCGGUUGAAGAUAGUAUUAUCAUGGUGAGCCCUGAAACGGAUUCGAAAAACAUCAAAUUGUGCUUGAAAAGAAACCUUUUGAACAAUUCCGAAUUCUUCGGCCACUCCAGCGAAAGAAAUCAAAUAGAAGGUCUAAUAGAGAGAACGAUUAAAUUCGGAGAAUCAAAUUCUGCUCUCAUAAUAGGUCCCAGAAGUUCCGGUAAAACGACACUUAUUAAUGAGAUAAUCGACAAUUUGCAACGCAAAAAGUCGUUGGAGAAAGAUUCGAUUUUGGUGAGAUUGAACGGAUUGAUUCACACGGACGAUAAGCUAUCCUUAAAAGGCAUUACUUACCAAAUGCAAUUGGAAAACGUAGUGGACGGAAAAGUAUUUGGAACGUUCGCAGAGAAUUUAUCCUUCCUUUUGGCGUGUUUGCGUACGGGCGACAAGCGCUCAUCGAAAAGCGUGAUUUUUAUAUUGGAGGAAUUCGAUUUGUUCUGUUUCCAUCACAAUCAAACGCUUUUAUACAAUCUAUUCGAUGUCUCCCAAUCCGCCCAAGCUCCCAUUUGCGUAUUAGGUGUUACUUGUCGCCUUGAUGUUAUCGAGCUGCUGGAAAAACGAGUGAAAUCGAGAUUUUCCCACCGGCAGUUCUUUUUACUGCCUGAUAAUUCAUUGGAUUCCGCUUUGAAGAGAAUUCAAAACUAUUUGACCGUCCGUCAAAAGCCCGAUUGCAAAAUCUCAUCGAGUGCACAAAACAAAUGGAAUGCAUCCGUUAAAGCAUUAUUAGGUGAUAAGAAAGUUGUUAACGUUAUUCAAAGACUGAUAGAUAUAGAUGUAAGCGAAAGAGCACUGAAAAUUUUUCUGUUCAAUAUCGUUUGUAAAAUGAAGGAAGUUGGUUUGUCAGUGAACAUGUUUCAAAAUCAGCUGAGUGAAUUCGAAACCGAUGAAGUGGUGCUCACUCUACAGGAUCUCACGGUGCUGGAACUUUGCCUUUUGAUCUCCAUGAAGCACCAUUACGAGAUAUACGAAGGGCAAUCGAUGAAUUUCGAAAUGGUGUUUGCCAGAUACAUGAAAUUCGUGAAAACCAAUUCGAACUUGCUGAGCGUUCCCAAAUCGGUAGUGAUGAAGGCUUGGGAGCAUUUGGAGUACCUGCAGUUGAUUUCGAUGGUUAGCGGAGGGCAAACAAAGACUCAAAAAGAAUACCGGUUUUUUAAUCUGCUCGUUAUGCCGUCGCAAAUAAACGAGGCGGUGAAGAAAACGCAGGAUUUGCCGACGGAAGUGGUACAGUGGGCGAUUUCAUCGUACACAUAAACUUUUUUUACUUAAUAUAUUUCAACAUAAAAAAACUAUACAGUCUAACAAUUUCAACUAAAGAAAUACACCGACUUCAAAACUUGGUUUAUAUCGAAAUCGCCCGUCUUCGGGAGUUGCAGUAGUAUUCUAUUCAAUUUCUUUUUCGUCAAGUCUAUCACAGAUCCGUCUUCGGAAAUUUCACUGCAAAUGGAAAUUUUAUUAAUGAAAUUAUUAUGUUAGUUAUCGUUUGCUUACCUUUGGUCGUAGCUAAAUUUUUCGAACAAAAAAUUCGAAAGCUCCUCCAAUAUGGGCUCGGAAUGAAGAGCAACGAAUUGUUCUCUGCAAAUCUAGCAACAAAGUUUAUUAUGAAUAAAUUACGGUGAUUAUAGGACAACUUACUUUAUUCAUAAUAUGCACAGUGGAAGGAUGUGUCCAAUAACAAUCGUGCACGGAAACAAAGGUAAUACCGGCCCUUUCGCAAUGCAGUGAAGUAAGCAUCAUAUGACUAGAGUCCAAAGAAUGAAUGAAAUUCGGAGGAAACGCGUUUUUUUGUUUCAUUACAUUCGGUUUUCUAAAAAAAAAAAACAAUCACGUACAAAAGGUAAAGGAUAUUUGUUAGCGUCUUACUCGUAUCUAUCUAUGGCAUAAGAAUCAAAAGCUGAACCAGUAGUGGUUUUCCUAUAUUUAAAAUACGGCUGAACAAUCGGCAGACCCAAAGGAGUUACCCAUUCCACGUGCUUCAGUCCGACAGAGGAUAUUAACCUAGCGCAUUCCGUAAACCAGUCUUGUAUUUCUCUCGUCGAAGUAAACAUUGUUCGCAAAGAAUCGAACGUUCUACCUGCACGGAAUAUUACUCGUUAAAAAAAACCACAAUUGCGCGAGAACUCUCUCACCUGUGAGAUAAGCCGAAGCCGACCAAACCAAAUCCUUCGGGAAAUCAUCGAUAUCCUUCAACUGACGCGCUAUUUGAAGUUUAGCCCCGUAUCGAGUGACUCCGUACACCGUCGUCAUGAUCGUCUGCUUGAUCACCUUCCUUUUUAUGAAACCCUCCAACGCUUUAGCAAUCUUAAAAACAAAUCCACAUGUACCAUCGUAUCGACCGGUAGCCUUUCCGACUUACAUCGUUGCCGUUCCGCGCGUCCUCGUCCCUCUGUUUCUCCACCAAACUCACCACGGCGCUGUAGACGUCCUGCGGCACCUCCGACGGCGCCAAGUUCACGCUGUAAGCGCCGCCCGCGUCCCUGCCGAGCGCCGCGUAGUGCUGCAAACCGUUGCAGCUGCCGUCCUGGUGGAUGGGAAAGUGCGAUCGGUAAUUCUCCGGGUCCCCGGAUCGCACCACGUCGGCGAUUUCCAUGCAACAGGCCAGCGUCUGCCACGGCUCGUCCGAAUCCGCCCACCAACGUUGCCCCGUCAGCGGCCUGUCCGCCGAAUCGAAGAUCAAAUGGAGGAUUUCAUCGGCGUACUCCAAC